AUGGAAGCCAUUGACGCGAAGAUCAUCGCCCUUCUGGGACUGUUCGUCAUCGCUAUUAUAUGCGGAUUGAUACCCCUAUUUCUAGCGGAAUGCGCCCCAACUUAUCGUGGGGCUGGCAUGGAGCGGUUGUUCGGAUUUCUCAACUGUUUUGCCGGUGGGGUCAUUUUGGCUACAGCGAUGUUACACCUGCUACCCGAAGUGCGUAGGGAGUUUUUAUUCAGCAGCGACUAUGUUAAGAUCGAUCCCGAUUUCCCUGCGGCUGAGUUCUUGGCGUGUGCGGGCAUAUUCCUAAUGCUGGUCAUAGAGCAGGGAAUUCUGGCGUGCAAAGAACGGUUGACGAAGACGGCAACGGAGGAUAUCCCGUUGACGACAACAGAAUAUGGGUACUACACCGAUGCCAGUAUUCAUGCCAGCCAAGAUGAUGACGAGAUUCGCACGCUUCAUGAAGAAGAACUCGAAUACAUACAGUCAGUGCUAAGAUCGUACAUGUUUUUCAUCGCACUCUGUUUACAUGGUAUUUUUGAAGGCAUCGUUUUAGGUUUGCUGAGCGACCCUCACAGCGUGUUGAUACUUUUCGCCGCUAUAGCCUGCCACGAAGGGCCGGUGAGUUUCAGUUUCGCGGUCAACAUCCGUAGAAGCUGGCUGCGUAAAUCAGCUGGAGUCGUACUAGUCUGUCUUCACGCCGCGGUUUUCCCGCUCGGCAUCGGAAUCGGCAUCGCGAUUACCGAGUCCGCUUCGUCCACUUUGACCAUGAGCUUUGUUAGCGGACUGAUGCAGGGCGUCGCUGUCGGUUUACUCGUAUAUCUAACAUUUUUCGAGAUACUUCCGUACGAGCUAAAGGAAAACGAAAAUCGAAUGUUGAAAACGUUGUGUGUUCUAAUCGGUUUCACUGUAAUUACGUUGUUACAGUUUAUACCGGCUGUUCAUCCAUGA